AUGAUGCGGAGUACAAUUUCACCAAAACUUGGAUUUCAUGAUUCCAUCCUCCAUCGAUUCCAGAUAUCGGCAAACCCAAGAUUUUUAAGAACCAGUAAUCCCAGAUGGUUUCACAUUUCCAACACUUCUAGGGAGAAAUUAAACAUUGCGUUCUUUGGGUCUGAUGAGUUCAGUAUUCAGAGUUUACAAUGGCUUCUUGAGUUCAAAAACCAAUCGCGAACAGACAAUAAGUUGAGUAUCGGUAAUAUUGAUUUGAUUGUCAAGCACCCAAAACUUUCAGGAAGGGGCAUGUCCCUGUUCUCUGAUGUUCCAAUUGUGAAAUAUUUGGAACAGUAUAAUUUUAAUAAUAAAGAUCAUGAGAUCCCAAUUAUUCGGGCAGAAUCGAAGCAGGAAAUCAAUAACUUGAUACCAAAGAGUUACGAUUUGGCAAUUGCCGUAUCCUAUGGGAAAUUAAUCCCUAGUGAUUUCAUUAAGAGCCUAAAGUAUUGUGGAUUGAAUGUUCAUCCAUCACUUUUGCCCAAAUAUUCCGGAACCUCGCCGUUACAGUAUGCAUUGCUUAAUGAUGAUGAAUUUACCGGGGUCACGGUGCAGACCCUUCAUCCGACAAAAUUCGACCGGGGAGAAAUCGUAAUACAAUCGAAGGAGAUGAAAAUUAGUGACGAUGAGACGCUAGGGUCUUUGAGGGAGAAAUUGGGGGAGAAAGGAGGCGAACUACUUCUGAAGGUUAUUAGUGAUGGAAUGUUCAAGAAUUUGCACGGCGGUGAAGAAGUGAAGGAUGGCAAAUAUCAGUACUCCUAUGCCAGUAAGAUCACCCCGGAUAUGAAGCAAGUUUUGUGGGAUCAAUAUGGCAGUAGGCAGUUGAAAAGACGGAUCAAUGUGUUGGGAUCAUUAUAUAGUUACAAGAAAGUUGAUUUGAAAAAAAAGAAGAAUAAUAGCAAUGGUAAUAAAGGGCCACAGUUCAGGAGAGUUAUAUUUUAUGAUAUUGAACCACUAGAUUUGAAACUGGAAGGAUUAGAGCACGAUGGAGAGUUCAAGUUGAGCAAAGAUGGUUCAAAAGUACUCGUGAAGACCAUUGAUGGGGUGAUUAGUUGUGGGAGGUUGAAAUUUGAAUGUUUUGGGGAAGAGGAUGCAGCAACAUUUAUGAAGAGAUUGAAGAAAAGGUCAGGAAAUGAUGAACAGAUAUUUUGCAAGGCCUGA